AUGGACAAGUCAUUCCAGAGGUUCUCCGUCCGAAAUACGACAUGCUAUCAUGUCGAGCCUUCCGCCAGUACUCAUCAACACCCUGGCGAGGCUCUUUACCGUUAUCUGUCGGAAUGCAAGGUUCCUAAACAGUGGAAGACCAGCAAGACCGUGUUGUUGUAUAAAAAGGAGAUCCACAUGACAUCGGCAACUAUCGCCCAAUUGCCUACUGUCCGUCAUCUACAAGCUCUUUACAAGACCACCCUCGAAAACGCAAUGCGAAAGUUUGAAUGGGACGACAUGGGAGUGAAUUUUGAUGGUCGGCAGCUACACCAUUUACGCUUUGCUGAUGACAUCGUACUGGUAACACCUAGCAUCAGCCAAGCGGAACGAAUGCUGACCGAAUUCGACGAAACAUGUGAUGCAUCGGUCUUCAGCUGA